AUGCAACAAAUGAGUGAUUUAAUUGCCGAAUCGGUUGAGAAGAAAAUAAGUGAUAAACUGAAUGGAAACCUGACACAUUUGAGCGACACAGAACCAUCCAAUCACAAAAUCAACAAGAGCACAGAUCACAAAAUCCUACCUGUAUGCGAUGAAAAUGGUCUCUACUCAUUAUACAUUUCCAAGGCUGAUAAAUCCGUUACAACUGAGGAAAUGAUUAAUUACGUGAUGGAAAAGACCGAUCUGAACAAUAGUGUUUUCAAAAUUGAAAUGCUACCCAGUAGAAACAACCGAAAAACAUACACCGCAUUCAAGUUGACGACGCUUACACUUGAAGUCUGUGAAAAAAUCAUGUCACCCACAAAUUGGUCAACAGAAUUUCGUGUAAGAGCGUUUGAAAAAAAAUAUCGAAUGCGUAAAAGUAAUAAACGGCAAAAUCUUCGCUCUGAAAAACAGCAGGAAUUUAUACGAUCAAAUCGAAGUGUAAAAAAUCGUAACCGGAACAAUAACAACAACAACAAUGAGCUUCGAGGCAUGAAUAAUCAACACAGACGCCGACGAGAGAAUCGAUCAGAUGAAUUUGGCUACUACAAUCGAAAUCGUAAUAAUCACAACGGUCGAUAUAAUUAUGAACCUCGCCAUCAUGAACACCGUGUAAAUCAUAUAAAUCAUAUGCACCAUGAACAAUUGCCACAGACCAAUGUGCCGUUUCCUUUUUGGUACCAAAUGCCAUAUUUCUACCCUCCACCUCAGCAACAGGUUCAUUCUCAGCCAACCAUGCCACUAUUCCAUCCGCAAUAUACACAGGCACCACAUCAAAACUUCCAACCGUUCAACGCUCAAAAUCACAAUGGAAUGUAA